AUGGAGUCCGUGGGCACUAUCACAACAUGGCAGCAAGCCUUCGAGGAGUAUCGUAUUCCGACUACGAGAGUAAUUGAGAAACAAUUGAAGUCAAGUGCGACCCGCGAUAAAGAAAAAUUGCGAACACUUGUUGGUGGGAGCUAUCGGGAGCUCUUAGCUACAGCGGAAUCAAUUGUGGUUCUUGACUCGAAAACAAAAACAGCGGAAGAACAUAUGUCAAUAAUGGGCCACAACUGCAGACCCCCUAAUCACGACACAGGUACCAAAUCUCACGACGAGAAAAAAAUCGUCCUCGCAGAACUACGAUUGUUGCAGAGAUGUUGCACAACGAUAGCCAGCAUUCUACGAGAGACGAGAUUCCUCCACUGUUCACAGCUAAUGGUUGUGUCUCGCCUAUUGCUGAAGUCCUUAUCCGAGCAUCAGCUGCCAGCACCGAGUCUUGAUCUUCUGCGCAACAAGGUCGCUCAUUUGAGACGUCAACUUCUGCGACAGAUAGACGCAAGAUUUACGACUCCCGUUUCAAAUCUUCUCGAGCUAGUCGAGGCCAUUUGCUCCUACUGCCUAAUCACCAGUGUCUCUUCGGAAGAUGCUCUGAGUCAUUUACACCAGCUGCGACUCGACAAGAUUCGAAGGAUGCUCCAACGCGCUUCGGAUGAUAGCCGUCAUAUUCAAGAGGCUCUGAGGUAUCAGUUGGUGUCCUUACAGACUUUUAAAGCGUUGGUAGGGCGCCCUCUAGCGGAGGCGAUGACCAACAUGCAAAAGCGUGCUAUUCUCACAGAUCAGACUCUCAGAAACCUAGAAUCGCUCGACCUUGACAGAACUGUUUCACUCAUAUCAAGUGAUAUUCAAUCAUUCGUUCCAUACUUCAAGAAGAGUACUCUGUCCGCGGACGAUGCCAGGGCAAAGCUGGAAAAUUGGUCAGAUGAAGCAAGUCGAGUCUUGGUCACCAGUUUGAAAACACAUCUGAACACAUCAAAUGACACGGCUCCCAUCUUGAACUUGCGUCAGGACCUUUACACUGCUCUUCUUCCUUCAUACUUCUCAACUCCUGGGGCAGCCAACAUGCACCAGCAGAUACGGCAAAUUGUGAACGAAAAGCUCCAAAUCAUUUGUUCAACUCAGGUGAGACAAUUACAAGACAUAACUGCAAGUCUGACCAAAAGAAUGCCUGAUACCCCCGAGGUAAAGUCUCUGUGGGAUGAAGAUACCGCAAAAGCAAGUGCGAACACUCGAGGCUCACGAUUGAUCAAGCAAGUGAAGAGCCGGCACACGGGCCACCAUUCAUCGUUAAACAGAGCGCAGAAAUCAUUAGGACGGUGGAUUGCGUCCAUAAAGGCUACGGAGGCCUCGUUCACUGCGCUUUCGACGACAUCAUGGCGGGACCUGAUGGAAGAGCCGGACGAAGAAGAUGAGGAGGAAGCACUGGACCUCUCAAAACAACUCGGCAAGACCGAUGCAGAAGGCUAUGUCAAGUUUUUGCAGGACUCGCUUCGCGCAGGCUUAUCAUCACUUGAAGCGGGCAUUAUUGAUGCCGCUACUCAAAUCGGCACCGAAAAUCCAGAUAUCAGUCGAUCUGUGGCUCUCUUGCGCUCCAUACGGAUGUCUGUAGCAGCUUUGCAGGACGCAUUUCCGGACCAUAUGACCUUUGAGAAGAUACACGCAGCCAUCCCCCAAUUACAUGAUCUGGUGGCGAUUGAAGUCGUCAAUCGACUCUCCGAGGCGAGUGAACGCAAGAAACGAUCUGUGAAGUCGUCCAAAGAAAGAUUGCCAGAAGAUAUGCCAUCCCCAAGAGCCUUCGUGACUCUACGGCGGCUUUGCGAAAUCAUGUUCGAGAUUGGUGGGACUGAUAUCUGGUCGGCAACUGCUGUGGAGAAGAUCAAAAUUCAGGUGCAGGCUCGAGUAUUUAACCCAGAGCACAAUACGGCGUACAUGAUGAACGAUUUUGAUGAGGCAUACCUUCGAGCGGCGCUCGGUUCAACCACCGACACCGUCGGAAGCGCAUCUCACUCUGCGGGAGGACACGAUCGAGCUGCGCAGGAAUACUGGACGAGAACUAAACUUCUCUUUGGAUUGCUUUCAUGA